GCCACACAGAUCCAUCAUAUCCAUCGGUCAUACAUGGCCAUGGAGAGAACUAGAACUCCGGUGAUCGUCGCGGUGGUGAUCAUGGCGGCGGCACAGCUGGCGACUGCGAGCUACUACGGCCAGCAGCCGGCUGCGCCUUUCAAGACGUCCGACUGGCACGACGGCAGCGCCACAUUCUACGGCGACUCCUCCGGCCUCGGAGCAGACUUCGGCGGCGCGUGCGGCUACUGCGCCAACGAUAUCGUGUCGCUCUACUCCACGAACACGGCGGCGCUGAGCACGCCGCUGUUUGACGACGGCAACGGGUGCGGGCAGUGCUACGAGCUGCGAUGCGUCAAGUCCCCCUGGUGCAACCCGGGCUCGCCGUCGGUCAUCGUAACCGGCACCAACCUCUGCCCGCCCAACUGGUACCUCCCCAACGACAAUGGUGGCUGGUGCAACCCGCCGCGCCAGCACUUCGACAUGGCCCCGCCCAGCUUCCUCAAGCUUGCCCAGAGAGUAGCCGGCAUCGUGCCCGUCCAGUUCCGCCGGGUGCCGUGCCAGAGGUCCGGCGGGGUGAGGUUCUGCCUGCAGGGCAACUACUACUGGCUGCUGGUGUACGUCAUGAACGUCGCCGCUGCCGGCGACGUCUACGACCUGGCGGUGAAGAGGCCCGGGGAGUCGGACGGCGCCUACGUGCCCGCGAGCCACAACUGGGGGAUCACGUACCAGGUGUUCGCUGCGCUGGGCAAUGCCAAGGGGCUCGUCGUCAAGAUGACCAGCUACAGCUCGCCGCAGCAGACCAUCGUCGUCGACGACGCCAUCCCCGCCGGCUGGAGCGCAGGGCUCUGCUACCAGGGAUCAAACAACUUCUAUUAAUUGAUGACAUAUUGGUCAAUCGGAGCUGGAGUUUGGAUAUCCAUCAUCUCGAUCUUCGUUUUGUUAUCAACUUUUGCCCCAUGCUUCCUUUGUUGGUUUCAUAGGAUGGUGCUAAUUCAACUUCUGUCGUGUGUUUAAUUUUUUCCUUCAAAUAUUCUUUGUUGAAUGUAUCGAUCGAUCUUGUAUUAUGUGGUAGUUGCUAUUUAUGAUUUAAGUACACUCCGUAUAUAUCCCUUAAAUGUGCUUGGUGUUUUAUAUCGUUGCUC